AUGAUUACGCUUAAUAAAAAAAUUCGUAGACAAAGUUCUGAAAGUACAAACGGUGUGAUCUCUGACAGUGGUAAGCGAAUUUCAGUCAGGGACAAAUUGCUAGUAAAGGAAGUGCAAGAAAUGAACGAAAACCUUCCAGUUACAUGUUCUGUUCAUUUCGAAGAUGCAAAUGUUCUCAGUGAAUUUAUAUUAACAGUGGAGCCUGAUGAAGGCUACUGGGAUGGUGGAAAAUUUACGUUUAGUGUAUUUGUUACAGAGGAUUAUAAUAUGGCGCCCCCCAAAGUAAAGUGUCUAACGCGGUUGUGGCACCCCAAUAUUAAUUUGGAUGGAGAUAUUUGCCUUUCAUUAUUAAGACAAACCUCUAUUGACGAACAUGGCUGGGCUCCUACCAGAAGAUUGAAGGAUGUUGUCUGGGGCCUCAAUUCCUUAUUUACUGAUCUCUUAAAUUUUGACGAUCCACUCAAUAUAGAGGCAGCUGAAAUGUAUAAAAAAGAUAAAGUAGAAUUUCAAACUAAGGUGCAAGAGUACAUUGCAGUUACCAAAGAGAAAAGGUGA